UCCGCCGCCACGCGGAGCUUCGCCCGGCGCUCUCUCUCCGACGCGGUCGAGGCGGGCCGCCGCGAGCCCUUCGGCCGGGCGCCUGGCGGGGUCCUCGGCGCUUCUCCCGCGGGUUGUCUCGGGCGCGGGGGCCGCCAGCCGCUCCCGGCAUGGCCGCGGCAGAGCUCGGGGCGGGCGGCCGGGGCGCCCGCAGCCCCCCGCAGCCCCCCGAGGUCUUUCGCUACGGCCAGCAGGACUUGGCGCUGCGCGGCGUGGAGUGGCCGAGAAGCGCCCCGCGGGGGCUCGGCAGCCCUGCCCUGUCGCGCUUCGACCGGGCGCUGCGCGGAGGCUGGGACGACCGGCUGCGGAGGGGGCUGUUCCGCUACCGCUUGGGCGAGCUGCAGACCCGGAUCCUCCCGGGGACCCUGAGGCUCGUGGCCCAGCUGAACGUCCAAAGAGGGACCGAGAGGAGGCGGCCCCAGGAGGUCCGCAGCGUCCAGCAGAGCUUCGACCCCCAGCAGUUCAACUUCUGUAAGAUCCGCCCAGAGGAGAUCCUGUUCUGCAUGUCCAAGCGCUGCCCUCCCCCGGCCAGCCCGCCCCGGGCCCUGGUGGUGAUCAAUGUCAGCCCUCUGGAGUUCGGGCACGUUCUUCUCAUCCCCGACCCCACUCUCUCUCUGCCCCAGAUCCUCACACCGGAGGCCCUCGGCUUUGGCUUAGAUGCUGUCCUCCUCAGCACCCACCCCGGCUUCCGCGUUGGCUUCAACAGCCUCGGAGCAUUUGCCUCGGUCAACCAUCUGCACCUGCACGGCUUUUACCUGAACUGGGAGCUCUUGGUGGAAUCCGCCCCCUGUGAGCCCCUCCUGCCCGAAGCAGGCCUUUAUCUGCUGCGAGAGGCCCCGGCUCCGGGCUUCCUCUUCUACGGCGAGGACGGGCAGCAGUUGGGGUUGCUGACCCGCCGGAUCACCCAGGUCACCCGCUAUCUGUCUCAGAGGGAGAUUGCGCACAACUUGUUUGCCACACGGGGUGCUGCCCCUGAGGGUCCUGUUGGCUCAGGAGCUCGGCCUGGGAUCCGGAUCAUUCUCUGGGCACGGAAAGCCUGCUUUGGUAUCAAAGAAGAAUUCGCCUUCAAUGUGGCAGUGUGUGAACUGGCGGGGCAUCUGCCCACUAAAACUGUCCAGGAAUAUGAAGGUCUCACUGAGGCAUCAGCCAUCCGUAGAAUUCAGGAAUGUCUCCUCUCAGAUCCUCAGUUAGCCCAGCUCCAAUGUGAACUUGUGGACCUCCUUAGAAUGUAGCCCCCAUCCCCUCAAUGGCCGUCCCCAGAAGAGGCCCCCCAAGGAGUAGACCCCCCCCCAGUUUCCAGGGCUCCACCAAACCUGCUAUGGAUUUGGAGCCCCUUCCCUCAGCUCUGGGGUGGGGCUGUCCAAGAGGAAGCUGCUGGUGGGAGCCAGACUGGUCAGGGCCAGCUCCCCGGAGGUUAGGGAGCCACCUGGGCUCACUGAGGCUCUGGAACAAUGGGCAUUUCUGCCUUGGAACUCCAAAUGGCCAAGAUGCUUUCCUAGAAAUGUGACUCACUUUCUCAAAUUUGACUUUGAAUGUAUGAAACUUGGACUGAAUUUACAGUUUUGAGAUCAGCCUAAUUAAACCUUGACCCCAUA